AUGUCUUCAGCACAAGCCCGCCUCUCCCAAGUAUCCAGCCAGGUCAAUGGCUCGAGUCAACAAAGCAAAUCCAAGUCCAUCCUCUCCAAGUCGCCCGACGAUGUCGUCGUCACCUGCGCCCUGCGCACGCCCUUUACCAAAGGCGGCCGCGGCCCGCUCAAGGACACCGCCGCCGCAGACCUCCUCGCACACACAUUCAAGGCCCUGAUUUCCCGCUCCGGGAUCGACCCGGCCCUCGUCGAAGAUAUUGCUACAGGCUGCGUACUCGCCCCGGGCGGCGGAGCAACAGAAUACCGCGCCGCGGCACUGGUCGCGGGGUUCCCUACAUCCACGGCGGUGCGGUCGCUGAACAGACAAUGCUCCUCCGGGCUCCAGGCGUGCGUGGACAUCGCCAACGCGAUCCGCACGGGCAUGAUCGAGAUCGGCAUCGGCAGCGGCGUCGAGAGCAUGUCGACCCAGUACGGGCCAGGGGCGGUGACCGAGUUCUCGGACCUGCUGGAGAACCACAUGCAGGCCGCGAACUGCAAGGUGCCCAUGGGCGUGCUCUCGGAGCAGAUGGCCAAGGACCGCAGCGUAUCUCGGAAAGAGCAGGACGCCUUUGCGGCCAGUUCGUUCCAAAAGGCCGAACGGGCACAAAAGGCCGGGCUGUUCGAGCACGAGAUCGUGCCCAUCACGGUCAAGUACACGGACCCCAAGACCGAGGAGGAAAAGACGGUCACGGUCAGCGCGGACGACGGCGUCAGGCCAGGCAUGACGGCCGAGUCGCUGGGCAAGAUCCGCCCCGCGUUCGCAAAGGACGGGUCCAUCCACGCCGGCAACGCCAGCCAGGUGUCCGACGGCGCGGCGGCGGUGCUGUUGAUGAAGCGCAGCACCGCCGAGCGGCUGGGCCAGCCGAUCCUGGGGAAGUAUGUGGUCGCGUCCGUCGUGGGCGUGGACCCGCUCCUUAUGGGCAUCGGGCCCUGGAAGGCCAUCCCCGUUGCGCUGGAAAAGGCCGGCAUCUCCAAGGACGAUGUCGACAUCUUUGAAAUCAACGAGGCGUUCGCAAGCCAGUGCGUGUGGUGUGUCAAGGAGCUGGGCAUCCCGUUCGAAAAGGUCAAUCCCAAGGGCGGUGCUAUCGCUUUUGGACAUCCUCUUGGCUGCACUGGCGCUAGGCAGGUGAGUACCUUGUUCACCGAGUUGAGGAGGACAGGUAAAAAGAUUGGAGUCACGAGUAUGUGCGUUGGAACUGGCAUGUAA